AUGAGAGCAAUUGCACAACCCUCGAACUUUCUGUUCCGCCAGCGCGCCGUUUCCUCUCUGAGCUGCGGCCGCAGGGGUUUGGCAUCACUUACACGCCAACCGCAGCCAACUCAACCGUUCGUCAUCCGCCCUUCAGAGGCCGAGUUGCGCAACAAGGUUCUUGCGCCGCGCAACCUUGAGCUCGCUGUCCGCAGUUUGCACACCGAUGGGCUCGUAGUCGUCGAGGAUGUGGUGCCCCACGAGGACUUGGAUGCCCUCAAUGAGAAGAUGGCCAAGGAUGCGCGUUACCUGCAAUCCCUCGGCGACAAGGGGCCCUUCAACUACAACCAGGGCAACUUACAACAAGACCCUCCGCCAGUAGCCGAGUACUUCUACAAAUCCAUCUUCACAAACCCCAUCGCAACCCAAAUCACAUCGACAGUCCUCGGCCCACGUCCAAAAUGGACCUUCUGCUCCGCGAACUCCGCGAUGCCGCCUCUCCCCGGUGCCUCGCCCCAGCGGCAGCCCGUGCACUCAGACGCCGACUUUGAUCACCCCUCGCACCCCUUCGCACUGGUCGUCAACAUCCCUCUCGUGGCCAUGACGCCUGAAAACGGGGCCACGGAGCUCUGGCUCGGCACGCACACUGCCGACAUCUCUGCUCAGGAGGGCAAGCACGGCGAGCGGGCCAGCGGGCGGAUCAAAGAAGAUCUUCUGGCUGAGAGACGUGGCGUGAGGGGCCCGUCGCAGCCGACGGUCAGGAAGGGGAGCAUCGUGUUGAGGGAUCUGCGGCUCUGGCAUGCUGGGAUGCCCAAUAUGAGCGACGAGGUAAGGGUCAUGCUUGCCAUGAUUCACUUUGCGCCGUGGUAUCGCAACCCGAUGAGGCUGCAGUUCGGGAGGGACGUGAGGGAUCUGCUGGCUGGGUUGGAGUCGCAGCUGGAAAUUCCGGUGGAUUGGGUGAAGAACGAAAAGGUUCUCGGGUCUUACUUGCAAAGGGAGUUCGGAAACAGCUAUGACUUUGAUCAGGAGAAAUGA